GCGAGAGAGAGAGCGAGGGAGGGCUUCCGAGCGAAGGAAAGUUCAUCCCUUUUUCCUCCGUUUCAUAUCUCAUCGCUUGUCCUUUCGAAAAGAAUGAAAGAAAGCAGAAAGCCUCCGCGUUCCACCACUACACAUCCUUACGUGACGGGGGAAACGGGAGCUCCGGCCGCGUGCGGUUUCCGAAAGCGGCACUUAGAGCAUGCUGCUCAAUCCAUCAUCUUCGUCAAGCGGGGAAGCUUCGUGCUUUGCUCUGCUCUGCUCUUUUCUUCUCCGCUUUGCUUCUACUCCGCUCCGCUCUGCUCUGUUCUUCCCGUUCCGCGCGCUUUAGGAUCACCGCGGGCCCCGGAUCUGUUCCGGCCCAUCAGCGGACUUCCGAAGGGAGCAAAUCUCUCUUUUUUUUCUUGCUUUUUUUCUUUUUUCUUUACGCCUCGCUUUCGAUUGACGCGUCCGUCGUCCGUCGCCCAUCGCCCGCCCGCCCGCCAUCCGUCGCUUUUCCCGCUCAAUUCCCCUUUUUAUUCCCGAUUGGGAGCUAUGAAGGGAGAGCAGAGCUCUUGGAUGUCGCGCAUGCACGACGGGUAGGUAAGUUAGAGUCCUCUACCCGUGUCGAAAGAAAGGAGAAGAGCGAGAGAGAAAGAGCUGUCUGUCCUUGGAGCAUCUCACCUCACCCUACCUCACCUCCUGUCCAAUCCUGUGCUGCUGUCGGCGCAGAGCUCAGGAGCUCUCUCCUCUCCACCCGCUCCUUUCGUAUCCACCCAGCAUCUCAUCUCGCUUGCCUAUCAUAUCGGCUCGUCCUCAGUUCCAUAUUUUUGCAAGCUGCCAUUUUGAUCGUCGACAUGAUCCCCGCGCGCCUUCCCACUUCUCAAUAUAAUUGUAAUUUCCGCCCUUGCCUCCAUAGAAUUCAAUUAGACCCAGCACUACCACGGUACUCUAGUUAGAUGCUCCAAGUGGAUAACUAGCUAUCGACACGCGAUACUUGAUGGUUGAUAGUUGAUCCCGUUUUCCCGCUCUGCCGAGGAAUGUGUUCGAGUAUCCGUCCGUGAUGUUCUUUGGUCAACUACACCUGAGAAGUAGUUGAUCACCG